AUGGAGCUGAGUAAGGUGAGUUUGGAGAUCUUUACCAAACUGGAACAGAAAUGGUUAUUGCACUGUGAAACUAGUAAGAAAAUUCGAAUCCUCAGCAUCGACGGUGGCGGAACCACUAGCAUUGUUGAUGGAGCUGCUCUUAUCCACCUUGAAGACCAGAUCCGCCUCAAAACCGGUGAUCCUCAUGCUCAGAUUGUUGAAUUUUUCGACAUAAUCGCUGGCACUGGCAUCGGUGCUGUUCUUGCUACCAUGCUAUCUGCCGAUGAUGAUACCGGCCAUCCGAUUUUCACAUUUACAGAAGCUGUGGAGUUUAUCUAUCGGAAUAACUCCCAGCUCUUCAAGGUUAAUAAGCUCGCCGGAUUUCUUCACCGCCGUAAGAGAUUCUCUGGUAAGAGCAUGGAAAAGGUGCUCAAGGAAAUGUUUAGGAGAGAAGAUGGAACAUUCUUGACACUGAAGGACACUUGUAACUUUAAGCCUCUUCUGGUUCCUUGCUAUGAUCUCAAGAGUUCCGCUCCCUUUGUUUUCCCUAGGGCCGACGCUUCCGAAUUACCUGAUUUCAACUUCGAGCUUUGGAAAGUCUGCCGCGCCACUACAGCCAUCCCCAGCCUGUUCAAACUAUUUUCUUUGAAGUCCAUCCAGGGAAAUACCUCGUGCUCCGCUGUGGACGGCGGUUUGGUCAUGAACAACCCAACAGCGGCGGCAGUUACUCACGUGAUCCACAACAAGAGAGAUUUCCCCUUUGUUAAUAGCGUAGAGGAUCUGCUGGUUUUGUCUUUAGGAAACGGCUCGUAUUGUAAAAGGUCAAAGAUCCGUAGUAACGGCAAAUGCUCAACUUCUACCGUUGUUAACAUUGUGCUCGACGGAGUCUCGGAGACCGUCGACCAGAUGUUAGGGAACGCAUUUUGUUGGAACCCUACGGACUACGUUAGAAUUCAGACAAAUGGAGUGAUGGGGCCGAGAAUGGAGGAUGUAUUGAAGGAGAGAGGAGUCGUAUCGUUACCGUUUGGCGGGAAGCGGUUACUGACGGAAACUAACGGACAGAGAAUUGAGUGUUUUGUGCAACUUCUUGUUGCCUCCGGAAAAACCAGUGUCUCUCCAAGUCCCUGCAAGGAGUCCGCCGUUAGUCCCUUUCCCAACGUCUGUUAACUUUGUUUUUUCUUUAGAUUUUAACCCUUUGUAAGUCGUAACUCGUAACAAACCCCACGUUUUACUUUUAACUGUCCCCUAGGUUGAAGUA